ACCAUGGAUCACAGGGAGCUGCAUGAAUUUGACACGGGUCUGCUACCAGAAGUUUAGUGUCUGUUACCUAUCCCACGGAUCCCGAAUUAUUAUAUCACUGCCAAAGACUGAAUGCCCGCUAAACAAACAGCAAUGCCCAGGGAUGCCAGUCUUGACUGUCCGAUCACUCUCACGCACGCAACUGUUGACUGCACGCUCAAGGAAAACGCGCAUGUAACAACAACAUAGCUGUUAUCCUUGAAAGAAUAUUGCGCCGUGGGGUUAGUGGCUUCAGCUACAAAGCACCGGAUGAUGGCGGAAAAGCGCAAUAUAAAACGGCACGUGAGGCGGUGUGUUGCUCGCAAUGUAUCGGCAGUGUUCCAGUGUGUGUGAGAGCACGUCACAAGCUGCUGCAGCACAAUCCAGACUGCUUAAAGCACUCGGGUUCGAAACAAACCGUACAGAGCGGUUCUGUGGGCCGCCCAGUCUGCUCUUUGAUGGGUGCAAGGAGCUCUUCCAGAAGUGAAGGCGACCAGGCCGUGAAGCUAAUCACUGCGCUACACUUAACGUCGAGGUUAAGAAUGAGUGCAAUUAUACCUCCACUGCAACAGAUAUCUUCAUGUCCUGAUGCUUAAUUAAGCGCAAGGGCGACUUAACUUGGCCACAUUAACGUUUUCGUAACGUUGCUAAGGCCUUCCGAGAGUGUGCAUUCCUGUUCACGUUACGUGUCACGUGAUACUCGUGUCCGUGGUGAUAAAGAGCUUGGUGGUGAUUCUUAAAGACUACAAAGAAUAGAUCCGAAAUGCUGGACAUAUUCAAACGUGUUCUCACAUUCUUCAGAAGGCAAAGGAUUCAGACGGACAGUUUUGUGUUCAGGCUCCAUCACUCGGCAACGGUUGCUUUACUCUUAAUAUUCUGUUUGAUUGUGGGGCUCAACCAGUACGUGAGGAGCCCAAUAAAUUGCAGCACUGAAACGAUUCCUCGGGCUGUGUUGGACGCACAUUGCUGGUCUCAAUCCACAUUCACAGUGCCGGAAGAAUUUCAGAAGAAAACCGGCUCAGGGUUCACUUAUCCUGGCGUGGCGACUCCGGAAGGCAAAGGCAGUAGAAGGACCAAAUUCUACUACCCCUGGGUAUUUCUGAGUCUGUUUUUUCAGGCUAUCCUGUUCUACAUCCCAGGAUGGCUGUGGAAGAAUUGGGAAGGCGGGAAGCUACAAGCACUCAGGAUGGAUCUGAACAUCGGGUUCGUCUCUAAAGAAGAGAAGGCGCAGAAGAAGGAGAUGUUGGUGGAUUACCUGCACGAGAAUAUGAACAACCACACUUGGUGGGCCUGCCGCUACUUGUUCUGCGAAGUGCUCGCUUUCAUUAAUAUUAUCGGCCAGAUAUUCUUCAUGGAUCAUUUCCUCGGUGGCGAAUUUUGGUCCUACGGUUCCAGAGUCCUGAGCUUCAUGGCAAGCGAUGACGAGGGCAGAGAGGACCCCAUGACGUACGUCUUUCCGAAAACGGUGAAGUGCACUUUCCACAAUAUCGGCGCUUCUGGGACUCUGGUUCGCUAUGAUUCCCUGUGCGUGCUGCCACUGAACGCCUUGAACGGGAAGAUUUACACGUUCCUGUGGUUCUGGUUGAUCGUGCUCCUGAUCUUCACUUCGGUGUGGUUCAUAUUCACGAUUAGCAUAAUAACAAGUUCUAAAUUCAGAAUUUACGUUUUGCGUAAACGUUUCGGGCACAUUGAUCACGGUGUUCUUGCGCAGAUCGACCGCCGUUGUGGGAUCGGUGACUGGUUCCUCUUCUGCAUGUUGGGUGAAAAUCUGGACUCCAGGAUUUUCCGUGACGUUAUGGAACACUUGGUCGACAUAAUAGGGAAACGUAACGGUAGCAUGAUGCAACUAACGGAACAUUUAUAAAGCGUGGCUCUUGUUCUCGUUAUUAUUUAACUGCAAGUGGGUUCUCACCCGGUGGCAGUGGCACUAAAAUAAGACAAGGGACAAAUAACACACACAAACAUUAGCAGAAAAGUGAAGCACACUAUACAAUAAACUAACAGCAAUGAAGGCGCAAUGUCGUGUUCUCAUUUCUCCUUCAUCUCGCUUUACUACACUUACGUAAUCCUCCCACCCUUAACAAACAUUUUGCUCCUGCCCUGGAACAGUGCAAUAAAGACAACCAACCGUA